AUGCUCGACCCUCUGGGACCCCCUCCCGCCUGGCUACAGGACUUUAUCAAGCCCUAUGCCCUCAAAUUCAACAGUCCGACUCUCACUGAACAUAUUCAUGAAGUCAUUGGCGCCUUCAUCUUUUACCAGUUCAUCCACUCGGUCAUUUCCCCGUGGCUGUCGCCGAUCUUGUUUCCCCGCUCCUAUCCCGCUCUCAGUGCCCGCACCAAGCUGAACUGGGAUAUCCAUGUGGUAUCUUUGAUCCAGAGUGUUCUCAUAAAUGUCCUCGCACUAUGGGUCAUGUUCGUUGAUAAAGAGCGAAGCUCGAUGUCGUCCGGCGAGCGCGUAUUCGGGUACACCGGCGGCUGCGGCUUAAUUCAAGCCUUGGCUGUCGGGUACUUUAUUUAUGAUCUGAUUGUGAGCGCGGUCCAUCUGCAGAUGUUUGGCAUCGGCAUGCUCUUCCAUGCAGUCAGUGCGCUGUGGGUAUUCAGUCUGGGCUUCAGACCCUUCCUCAACUACUAUGCGCCGGUUUUCAUUCUCUACGAGCUCUCUAGCCCCUUCCUCAAUAUUCACUGGUUCCUUGACAAAGUCAACAUGACCGGCAGCCGCGCCCAGUGGUAUAACGGCAUGGCCCUCCUCUCGGUCUUUUUCUGCUGCCGCCUUGUUUGGGGAACUUGGCAAACCGUGGUAGUUUACAGGGAUAUGUGGUUUGCUCUGCAGCAAACGUGGUCCGCGUCUUCAUCUCCUCUGCAGGGUCCCGUUGACAUUAGCGCGAAUGUCUUCCAAAUUCGCGACGGAGGCAUGUGCAUCGACGAGGCCUGCGCACGUGCGAAUGCUGAGAUCGCUCUCUUCAAGGACCACACCGCCGCCGGUGUUCCUACCUGGUUGAUCGCGACCUAUGUCGCCUCAAACCUGAUCCUGAAUUUCCUGAACUAUUUCUGGUUCUCCAAAAUGGUCGAGACCGUUCUCAAGCGCUUCCGUGGUCCUGCGGCCGGUUCCGGAGCCAGUGACAAGAAGACUGAUGAGAAAGCAGAAAACCUUGAAGAGAUUGCCCAAGAGAUUAUUCUGGAGGCUGCUGCCAAACUGGAGCAGGAGGAGAGUGCCGUCUUGCGUGGCGAGCUCCCGCUAACAUCGGAGCAGAUCUCUUCGGCGAUUGAUGGCAACAUUGGCGAGGAACUACGCCGGCGGAGAGCGGAGUUGAUAUCUAAGGUGCCUCUGCCUAGUGCAUGA